AUGGAGGAGAGCCCAGGGUUUCUUCAUGCAUUCGGCAUUUGUCGUACAUGCCUGACGAUGUCGGGACUUUGGAGUGACACCCAUUUCAAGAAAUCCAAGAAAUUCGUUAUUUCUGUUUUAUACGCAGCUAACGUCUUUGUAAUACUGACGUUCAUGAACGUAGCUCAAACUGUGAAAUUGUUUCUAAUAUGGGGAGAUUUCGACGAGAUGAGCCAAAUCAUUUCAACGUCAGACUUUUCCGUAGGGAUGUUGGUGGUCAAAAUGUUCGUUUUUCGGAGUUACAGGAAAGCUCUAGCGCUGCUGAUCGAAUUCGUCGAGAAGGACUGGCUGGAUUUAAAAACUAUCUCGGAAGAAGAGACUAUGGAACAAAACGCUCACACGGCCAACAAAAUCUAUCUCACCUGCUUCUUUCUGGGCAACAGCGCAGUGAACAGUUACACCCUGCUGCGCUUAGGUCAGGAGAUGAGUUUCCUGCCUGGACCACCAGACAAGCGACAACCUCUGUUCGAUGCCUACUUCCCCUACGACGACAAACGCAGUCCGGCUUACGAGAUUACCUGGCUUAUGCAGUACGCAGGAAUUGCCUUGGCGAACCUCGCGUUCACCGGGAUGUAUUGCUUGUUCGUCGGCCUGAUGCUGCACCUUUGCGGUCAAUUCGCCAAUUUGAGGAUCAAAUUGAUCGAGGCGGUUUCUAGAAAAGAAGGAGAAAGUGAGAAGAAAUCUGAUGGCGCGAAGACUUUUCGAGAGAGAUUGGCUUUUAUCGUUGAGAGGCACAAUAGUUUGAACAAGUAUGCACAAGUUAUUGAAAAAAUCUAUCAUUGGAUUUUCUUCGUCGAAAUUCUUUCCAGCACAAUACAAAUGUGUUCACAGUGGUUCAUGCUUGUAACUGUGAUUUCGAACACUCAAGGAGGAUUGCCAUACUUGCAGAUAGGUUUUCUGCUGAUUUUCACAGCACACAGUGGAUUUCAUUUAUUCGCUUGUUGUUACGCUGCUGAAAGACUCCAAAAUGAGAGUUUGUCGAUUUUUGAAGCCGCGUACAGCUGCGAAUGGUAUAAUCUAUCACCGCAGGAUGCGAAAAUGUUGUUGUUCAUAAUGCAGCGUACCAAAACGCCUUUGCGAGUUACUGCGGGAAAACUUUGCGUGUUUGGUUUGGAACUUUUCGCCAAGAUCUUGAAAACAGCUGGCGGAUAUCUGUCAAUACUUUUAGCUAUGAGGGAUAGAUUGGUCAUCGAUGAAGAACCGAUAUAA